AUGUUGAACGAUCGGGCGUUGCGGACACGACAGAUCGUUCAAGGUCGAACGAUCCCCGCAGUGUCAGGAACCCAUGCUCAGGUCGACAUGACACGAGCCUGCCGUAGGGGACGCCCUCCUCUAGAGGUGCGCUUUCCUAGUAUGCUCAAGUCGAGUUCGCCGCCACGGGGCGCAAUACACGGCAUGGACACAAUGUGCCACUCACCGGCGUAUCCUGUGAGAUCCCUCAGCGAUCUUGCACGCGGAAGCGCGCUGCGCAGAGCGCACUGUCUCAACCUCAAUGGAUACCACGGCGGUCCUCCCAGAUCGCUUGGUACCUUUUAGGAGUAUUCUUUUGCAGAUCGCCUUGCCAAUUAUAUUGCUGAAGUUCCACUCGGUUGCCAGUUGCCAGGUUGAUCCAGUACACUUCGUGUGGAUUCCUUCAGGCCGAAGUUUUCGGCCCCCUGGCAAUGCUCACUGGGUAGGGCUGUGGUUGACAGUGUGGAGGCUGGAAAUCCAUGCCAGCCUCUACUUCGUCAAGAAUAUCCGCGUGAUGUUGCCAAUCAUGCUGGUAAUUGCAAAUCUCGGCUUGAAAGCGGUACAAUGGGACACGUGUAUCAUGUAGGACAACGGGAGGGGUGUCGAACUUGACAACAUAAUUUCACAGUCCGCCGCCUGAUGCGCAUCGAGGUCAUAAUCUUGCUCCGAGCAGGCGCAUUCAAUGGCCCCUUUUUUAAACAGGCGGCUUUCGAAGGCGUCCUCCGCUUGGCAUGCAGACGCCGAGGUUGAGGGGUGGAUGGAGCAGGUUCUUUUGGGUGGUUGGAAGUAGUGCGAUCAAGCUGUGGGUUGAGGGGGCUUGCUGCAUACUUACUGGCGUGUCGCUUCUGUUUGACACCACCAUCGACAGCGGUGCCGACAAUUGCUCCCUUUUUGGCUUCGGCAACGGGUCAAUGGGAUGACCAUCAGUAACGUCCAGAGACCUCAUAGAUUUUGAAUCGUGACGUCUUGCUUCGGCUUGAACUUGCUUUGUAGCUGCGGGUACCUUUUCCGCGUCUUGACCCGAGAUGCUUGCCAGUAUUUGCACCAGCCACCCCACAAAUCCCUGCAAGGUUGAGCAUCGGUCUGGUCCUAUUGCCGUCUCGGCAUCUGUGGGGCCGGCCAUUGCUUACUAUCAGAGGUCACAAAGUCGGGGCGGUGUUUUGACGAGUGCUGUUGACGUUUUCUGCGUCCUAUGUGCAAGCAGCUCUGAUAGCACGCCAGUUCUGUAACAAAGAAUGCCCAAGAGGGUCCCAAGACCCCCCAAUCAUGCGACAAAGGGCGAGGUGCAGAGAGGACGUGCGAUGAUGCACAAUGGAG